AUGACAGCUGGCAAUUUCUCUUGCACAAACGACUCCCAUGCUUCAAGCUUAGAUGCUAUAGCAGCCUCAGUGAAUGUAUUCGAUGACGCCAAAUUUCCCUACCGCACACACGGGGAUGUGACAUCUAGGUUAUCGAUGCCAGAGUCAUCAUUGACCUUUGGAAUGAACGAGACUGUCAUUGAACCAGACUUCCUGGUACCGAAUCGUCAAGCGUUACGACAGCUUUCUCUCGACUAUCUGAAAGCUUCUGAAAAAUAUCCACAAUCUUGGGGUGAAGUGUCCCUUAAAUCACCUCCGUGUUUUCGGACUGGUAAAGGCUUCAACCACGUGAACAACAUCCGUAGCUUCUGGAUCGGUAGCAAUGACUCUAGAGGCAGCAUCAAUGUUGACGUGUUCUUUGCUGAUAUGGUGACAUUCUGGACUGACACCGACGAUUUUGGAACUGGAAUCAGGCCUUGUUUGACCCACUACUACAACGCCUCCUGCGACUGGGACUUCAUAUUCUCUGAUCAACACCUCCCCGAAUAUCUCAAGUGUUGUACAGACAGCAAUUUUGUGUCGUCGUAUUCUUUGCCGAUAUCGGACAGCUAUAAAAGCGAAGCACGAUUCUUCCUAAGUACGCAAGCUUACAUGCAUUUUCCGCUCUACCAGCUUGACAUAUCCAAGAAAACAAACCCUACACUUCUUGUACAAUUUCAAAACACAGGAAUAAAGGGCGGAACGGAGCCUGUUGUAAUUCAUCCGGACUGGUUCUUAGCCGCUUGGUCCGUCGACAAUAACGGCACCGUUGACGGCUAUCGCGGCAUAGCACAAAGUCUUUUUAAUCUGCUCCCGAGCACCUCGAACUCAGACAGCAGCGAAGAAAGUCUCAUUGUCAGUAAUAUGUGCACCUACGUUCUCUUUCAGACUCUCACGAUGCCUACUUUUGCGAAUACAUCCUUCGAUAUAAAGGAUCGUACAAUGAUCUUCCCAUCAUCAGCUGCCAAUGCGUCUAGCCCUCAUGUCCUAGAGACUUGGGCUAUUCGCAAUGUCUGGACAUACGGGUUGAAUUCGCGCACGGCUUAUUGGGGCAUUGCCGUCGUGCUUCUGGGUUGCCUGAUAGUCAUUACGAAGCUAAUUGUCGGGGCAAAGACGAGCGUGAUACAAUUUUCGCCAAUUGAGAUGCUCAUCGCUGCUGUGAAGUUCGAGCCUCGAGGAGAAUUUACAGGCUUGGGCAAGACGAAAGACAGAGCCAGCAUUAGAUUUUCCUUGCAACAAGAGACGGACGACUCGCCUGAAUUCGUUUCGAGACGACGAGUCGGUAGGGAGCAAGACUAUGCUGAGUAA